UUCUUUGAACACACGGAGCAACUUCAUUCUUCUUCUUCCACGUUUUUCCUCUCCUCGGGGCUCUGGCCUUUAGUUUCAUUUAUUUUUUGAUCUGUAGUUAAUUUAAUUCUUCCAGUUGCCUUGAGCUUUUCCAUUUUUAAAAAAUCAUAAUCUAAUUAGCGGGUUAUGGAAGAACAGAAAUUUCUUGAAGACGACGACGACAUAGUCGGAAGAAUCAAUUUUGAUGGUCUUUUCGACGAAUUACCGGAGGGCACGAAUCUUUUCUCGAUCGAACCCACGGUUUUCGACGAAUCCUCUACGGCCGAGGCCUUUACGGACUCGUCCCGGGAUUCGUUUUCUUCGUGGAUCGACGAGAUCGAGACCAUGUUGAUGAAAGACGAUGACGGUGAAUAUGGCGGCGUGGAGCCGAAUAAGAAGUUCUGCGAUAACUUCUUGGCUGAUAUAAUUGUGGACAAAUCUUCUCGGGAGGGAUCUAGUGAGGCCGACAAAGACUCUCCAUGUGUUUCCGAUGACGGAAGUGGUCAUUGGGACAAGGAGAAGACCAAUGAAGACAACCACGGUGACGGUCAAGUUGAUACUGAUAACCCCCUCUCCAAGAAACGGAGAAGGCAGCUGAGGAAUAGGGACGCGGCGGUGAGAUCAAGGGAGCGGAAAAAGAUGUAUGUGAGGGAUCUCGAGAUAAAGAGUAGGUAUCUGGAAGGGGAAUGUUUGAGACUGGGGCGUUUGCUUCAGUGUUGUUAUGCAGAGAAUCAAGCUUUACGCCUUGGUUUGCAGUCGGGCAGCGCAUUUGGUGCUUCCAUAACAAAGCAGGAGUCUGCUGUGCUCUUGUUGGAAUCCCUGCUGUUGGGUUCCCUGCUUUGGUUCCUGGGCAUCAUGUGCCUAUUCACUCUGCCUACCAUGCCCCCGUCAAUUCUGAAAAGGGUUGCACUGGAAAAGGUAGGAAAGAAAAAUCCAGGAGUGGCUCUAGGAGGGGCAAAAAGUAAGAUGUUUGGAUUCUUGAUGGUCCAAUCAUUUGUAAAGAGUAGGCGAUGCAAAGCUUCAAGGAUGAAGAUGAAACCGAAUUACCUUGUUCUUUAAGGUUUUUUGUGUGUGACUUUCAUCUUCCAUUACAGAGUGAAUAUGUUGUUCUCCGUUCUUAUGUUUAGGUGUUACUAGUAGGGAAGUGAUGAUAAUAAAAAUCAAUGAACAUGCUGGUAAAGACAUAAUAGUAAAAUGAAGUAAGGUUCCUUGUCGAACGGUUAGAGCUAUAUGAUAUGUUAUUCUUUGCACUAUUUUCGCAGCGAA